AUGACAAUUCAUUUUGAGCACAGGACGGCUGGGGAGGGUGGGGAGUGGGGAAAGAUGAGUGCAAGCUGGGACGAGGCUGUUCUUCAGCCUCCGGUGUGUGAUGCCUGGAAGGAGAUCAUGGAGGGAGCAGCCUACCAGCUGGCCAGUUGCAUUGUCCUCCUGGGUUACAUGGGGGGAAGUGGCAUCUUUGGGUCCCUCUAUAUCUUUGGCCUCCUGGCCCCAGGCUACUUGUGCUAUGCUCUGUGGGGCUGGCUGAGCGCCUGUGGGUUGGAUAUAUUCGUCUGGAACAUGCUGCUCGUCCUCAUCUGCUUGCUUCAGCUGGCUCACCUCGCUUACCGGCUCCGCAGAGACACUGUCCCUGAAGAAUUUGACCUCCUCUACAAGACCAUGUACCUGCCCUUGCAGGUACCCCUGGAUGUCUACAAAGAAAUCAUGAAGUGCUGCGAAGAGCAAGUCCAGUCACUAGUCAGAGACCAGAAUUAUGCGGUGGAGGGCAAGACGCCCAUUGACCGCCUCUCCUUGCUGCUGUCUGGCAGGAUCCGAGUGAGCCAGGACGGACAAUUCCUCCACUAUGUCUUUCCAUACCAGUUCCUGGACUCUCCAGAAUGGGAGUCACUGCGACCCUCUGAGGAAGGAACUUUCCAGGUCACACUGACAGCCGAGGCUGACUGCAGCUUCAUCACCUGGCCAAGGAAGAAGCUGUAUCUGCUCCUGAGGAAGGACCGCUACAUCGCUCGGCUCUUCUCCUCCCACCUGGGCUACGACAUCUCAGAGAAGCUUUACUCCCUCAAUGAGAAGCUCUUUGCCAAGUUUGGCCUUCGCUUCGACAUCCGCUUACCCAGCCUUUACCAUGUCCUUGGGCCAGCCUCCUCUGAGGGGGAGUCAGAGGACUGCGAGGAGCUGCCACCUGUCUCUGGCCAGGCUGGUGCCUCUGAGCCCCCUCUGCAGCCGCCGCCACCGCCGCCAGCUCCACGACCCCGGGCAUCCCGGCCUGACAGUGAACUGCUGGGUGAGGACUCCACCAGUCUUGUCUUGGAAGAUUUUGCUGAGUUGCCGGGGUCUUUUAUGGACUAUGUGAGCGAAGGGGAGUAUAUGAAAUGA